GGAACUGCUUCGGCACGCGUGUAUUCGACGUCUGUUUGUUUAUUAAAUCGUUUAUGGUAACGUGAUUGUUGUGGACUGUACUUCUUGUUGUGUAAUAAAUAUUUCUUAAGGCCGUCAGUGGUAAUGUGUCGCAAGAGAAGAAUGGAGUCAGAUUCUAGUGACUCAAGUGAUGACUAUGACAGUGAUUAUUCUGAAAGCUCAGCAGGUGAUUCAAGUAUGGGCAGUGGACAUAGCAGUGAAGAUGAACAGAACAGGGGGAGUUCCUCAGGAAUGGCUAUAGAUGCAUCUAAUCCUGAAGAAGCUGCAGAUGAAGAAGAAGAAGAAGAGGAAGAUGAUCUUGUGAAAGCUAUAAAACGUGAAAAGGAAAAAGUUAGAGAACAUCCUCCAGACAUACAGUGUGAGGAUUAUGUAGUUGAUAUUUCGUUUCACCCUCAAGAAAACAUAUUAGCUGCAGGAAGUAUAACGGGUGAUGUUCUACUGUACAAGUACACCAAUGAGAAUGUUGAAGUAUCUGAGACAUGUGAAUUGCAUACUAAAGGAUGCAGAAGUAUUCAGUUUAGUGAAGAUGGAAACACAAUAUUUUCUUGUUCGAAAGACAAGUCUAUAGUACUUACUGACGUGAAAAGUGUAAAAAUGAAAAAAUUUUAUGACAAUGCUCAUGAAGAUGCACCAUAUUGUUUAUAUGUGAUGGACGAAAACUUAUUUGCUUCAGGAGAUGAAAGUGGUACAGUGAAGGUGUGGGAUGUACGAAGGUCUGAUCCAGUAUUCUCAAUAAAAGAAACAGAUGACUAUGUCACAAGUAUGAUUACAAAUGAAGAUAAACAGUUCUUAGUUUAUUCAAGCGGUGAGGGUACUAUCACAUCAGUGAACCUACGAAGCAGAAAAUUGCACUUGCAGUCAGAACCAUAUGAAGAGGAACUAAAUUGUGUUGGGCUUAUGAGAAGUGAAACAAAACUUAUUACUGGCACCUCUAAAGGCAAGAUUUACAUAUUUAACUGGGGAGAGUUUGGUUAUCAUAGUGAUGAGUUUCCCGGCCCUAAGCAGGCAAUAAACUGCCUAAUUCCUGUAAGUGAGAACAUUGUGGUGACAGCUGGCGAAGAUGGACUUCUGAGAGCUACACAUUUGUUUCCGCAUCGUCAUUUGGGCAUAGUUGGCCAGCAUAAGCUAAAUAUUGAGGCAGCUGACAUAUCAGGGAAUGGAGAACUUCUGGCCUCGAGCUCCCUUGAUCACACAAUAAAGUUCUGGAAUAUAAAAUAUUUUGAAGAUGUGCAGGUAGAUGAAAAAAAGAAAGCAAGAAAGAAGGAAAUGAAUCACAAUCUACCAUCAUCAAAAUUUAGGAAUUCAUCAGAUUUUUUUGCUGGUCUGGCAUAAAAAAUGUGAGAUUUGCACAUUGUAUAUAUUGUGAUUUUUUACAAGUGUACAAUUCAUGAGUAAAGUUUAUUUAUUCUU